AUGUCAACAUCAGCAUCGCCGCCACAGCAGCAGCAGCGAAUCCUCUCGAAUCGCGAUGCGGAGACACUCAUGAAGCAGCAAAAAGCCAAGGCGCUCAAGGAGUGCAAGGCGCAGAUGGAGGCAUUUGUCGAGUGUUCCAAGACCCGAACCAUCUCGAUGCUCUGGGGCUGCAGGGAUCAGAAGCAGGCACUCAGCGAUUGCUUGCGUGUAUAUACGAGCGAGGAGACGAUGGAGAGGGAGAAGCAGAUCUUUUUGCAGCAGGCGAGAAGGGAGAGUGACGAGUCGAAGGCUGCUUAG